UGAAAUCGUCAGCUGCAAGAUCAAUGCCUAAUGAUCGACGUCAGGUGGCGCCACCACCACCACCACCGCCACAACCAGUUUUCUUCCCUUAUAACCAUCCAUACGCGUACACGCCGCCGCCUGUAUCUUGGUCGUUUGUUCGUCCACAACUACCUAUACCCUCUUGGGACAACCAUACUUACGUUUAUACUCAAACACUGCCUUCAUUAUCUUCAUUUGUUUCUCCACCACCACCACCAACACCGCCUUCUUUGCCUUUUUGGAACAAUGCUCAAACAUUGCAUCCACCUUCCUUCCCAACACCAACACCAGCACCGCCUUUUCCUUUAGCUUAUAAUACUCCACCAUUAAUGCAUCCACCUUCCUUCCCAACACCAACACCAUCAGCACCGCCUUUACCCUUGCAUCCACCUUCCAAUUCCUUCCCUCCCAACAAAGAAGAAGAUUUGAGCCACAAGAUUCUCAAACAAAUUGAAUAUUAUUUUUGUGAUAACAAUCUUGCCAAAGAUCUUCAUCUGAAAGACCAAAUGGACAUCGACAACGGAUGGGUUUCGAUUGAGGUUAUUGCCGGUUUUAAUCGAAUAAAAGAGAUGACAGAUGAUAUUAAGUUGAUUCUGGACAGCUUGAAACAUUCAGAUACAAUUGAAGUCGAGGGAGACAAACUAAGGCGACGUACUACUUGGAAGAAAUGGAUAGCUUAUCGUAAAGUAGCGCCUUAUGGAAUAAAGGUUGUUCGAUCGAAUUCCCACCAGUUAAGGAAUGUCAAGCAAAGACAAAGGAAUUAAUGUUGUUCCAACUCCCACCCAGUUGUCAAGCAAAGACAAAGCAAAAGCUAAGGCAAACAAGUAACACAAAAACAAUGCUGGUUUUGUAUGUAUUUUUAGACGAGUACUCUUUUUCCUUUAUUGGCGUGGGUUUUCACCGUAAAGGUUUUAAUGAGGCUCGGGCCCUUAGUCUGCAAUCUUGUGCUUUCAAGGGUUUUAGGAUUUUUUUUUUUUAUAAAAUCUU